AUGAGCGAAAAACCCAGUGGCCCAGACCAGUUCGAGUCCCCUGAGAAGAAGCCCGCCGGCCCCGUCGUGUCGGGUCGGAUCAUUAACUGUGUCCCCCAGCUUCCUUACCGUAUCGGCCGCAACGACAAAUACUCGGCAUCGCGGGGCGAUGAUCCUUCUGACGAGUGGAUUAUGGAGCCCAUAAGUGGCAAUAGUGCUCUCCAUUCUUCAUUGUACCUUUUGCGGGAUUCCCCAGAUUGGGAGGAACAUGUCGUAGGAUGGACGGGCGAAAUUGACCCCGGCAAUGCGUUUUCGUACAUUGCACCCACAGAUCUGCAGAAAACCAGCGAGGAGGCCACGGAAGACUCCAAAUACAACUCCCAAGAACUCAAUGAGGACCCUUUGUAUCUGUCUAAAGAACAGAAGCGGACUAUGGCUGAGAAAUUACAAAGUCAAGAGGAUUCGCAGAACAAGAUGACCGUGCACCCUGUGUGGCUCUUACGUAGAGACCAAGGCCGCUGGCGUGCAUACGCUGAAAAAGUAGUAUGGCCAGCACUUCAUUAUAUCUUGAAUGCCCCUUCAGACGGUCAACAAGAGAAUACUUGGUGGUACGACUACGUCAAAUUCAACGAAGCCUACGCUGCCAAAGUGGCUCAAAUUUAUAGACCCGGAGACAUCAUUUGGGUUCACGAUUAUUAUCUCAUGCUUUUGCCCCAGCUUUUGCGCAUGCGGUUUGAAGAUGCUGUCAUAGCAUACUUCCACCACGCACCUUGGCCCAGUAACGAAUAUUUCAGGUGUUUAUCCAAACGUAAGCAAUUGCUGGAUGGUAUUCUUGGAAGCGACCGCGUUUGUUUCCAAAACGACGGUUUCGCCCGCCAUUUUGUAUCGGGAUGCAAAAGACUUUUGGAUUCGACUUCUACGAAAAACAAGACAAACAUUAAGGGCAGAGACGAAUGGCUUAUCAGUGCGUAUGGUGGUGACGUUGUCGUCGACUCGUUGCCGACGGGUGUCAACACCGAGCUCAUCUUGCGCAAGGCAUUCACCCCCGACAUUGACGCCAAAGUGGAAACGAUCAAGGCUGCUUAUGAGGGCAAGAAAAUCAUUUUCGGAAGAGACAGACUCGACACAGUGCGAGGAGUGGUCCAAAAAUUGCAGGCAUUCGAGGCCUUUUUGGCAAUGUAUCCAGAAUGGAGAAAUAAAGUCGUGUUGAUCCAGGUGAGCAGACCAACGUCCGCUGAUAACGCCUUGAAGCUCGAACAACAAGUUAAUGACCUUGUCAACUCUAUCAAUUCUCAAUACGGAACUUUGAAUUUUGCACCAGUGCAACAUUACCAUAUGCGCAUUCCCGAAGACGUCUACUACUCCUUGUUGAGGGCAGCUGAUCUUUGUCUAAUCACUAGCGUCAGAGACGGCAUGAAUACAACUGCUCUGGAGUACGUCACCGUGAAAAGCAGGUCAUCAAAGGUGAACUGUUACGCUAACCCUCUUAUACUAAGCGAAUUCUCCGGAACCAGCACUGUGUUGAAGAACGCAAUUCUUGUCAAUCCUUGGGAUUCCGUUGCAGUUUCUAAGGCAAUUAAAAAAGCCUUGUCGAUGACAUCGCAAGAAAAAGCCACGUUAGAGGAUAAGCUGUGGUCUAGAGUGCCUACGACGCAAGAUUGGAAUGCCAACUUUCUCAAGAGAAUGGUCGCUAUCGCUGAGAAAAAGGACUCGGAAGAUAGUAAGAUAACUCCCGCUCUCAACCGUCCAUUGUUGUUGCGUACCUAUCGUUCCACCAAGCGUCGGUUGUUUCUUUUCGAUUACGAUGGGACCUUGACCCCGAUUGUACAAGAUCCAGCAGCAGCUAUCCCUAGCUCCAAACUUUUCCGCAUACUAUCAAAGUUGGCAGCUGAUCCUAAUAAUCAAAUUUGGAUCAUCUCCGGUAGAGAUCAAAAGUUCCUCUCAAAAUGGUUGGGAUCGCGUAUGCCUCAGUUGGGCUUGAGUGCCGAACACGGAUGUUUCAUGAAAGAUGUCGCGGCAGAGGAAUGGGUCAACCUGACCACCAAAUUCGAUAUGUCGUGGCAAGAAAAGGUAAAUGAUGUCAUGGAUCAGAUUACGGUGCAGACACCAGGAUCUUUUGUUGAAAAGAAAAAAGUCGCUCUUACUUGGCAUUAUAGGAGAGCAGAUCCUGAACAAGGUGAGUUCUACGCCGCAAAACUGAAGGCGACUCUUGACGGAUUUGCCAGUGAUCUUGGACUGGAAGUCAUGGAAGGCAAAGCCAAUGUCGAAGUUCGCCCUAAGUUCGUGAACAAAGGUGAGAUUGUGAAAAGGUUAGUCUGGCAUCCUCUGGGGGAAAAGCAACUGUAUGAUGACGAGGGCUUCAAGAUUGACGAAACUAUAUCGAAAGAUCGGUUGCCAGAAUUUAUCUUGUGUUUGGGUGAUGACUUCACUGACGAAGACAUGUUCUCGCAACUGAAUGAUAUCGAGAAAGUUUGGGAGAAGAAAUUCCCCAAUGAUAAGAACGAAUGUGGGCAUUACGGUUUUUACCCCGUGACAGUGGGUUCCGCUUCAAAGAAGACUGUUGCUAAAGCUCAUUUGACGGAUCCUGAGCAAGUGUUAGACACACUGGGACUACUGGUCGGCGACGUUUCGCUUUUCCAAAGUGCGGGCACUGUCGAUUUGGAUGACCGUGGUCACAUCAAAGAUAGUGAGAGUAGUAUGAAAUCAGAACAGGCUGGUGUUGCUUAUAACAUGAGACGUUCUGCGUCAUUGAAAGAUAGCAAUUGA